GACACGCGGAUCGUCACAAUUUCGCACAGCUGACUUUUGUCUGCUGUCUAUAUAUAGCACUUUUUUCGUGGUUUACACGACGAAACAGUGAUUCGAUACUUACUUCGCUUUAAAAUCUAACAUUAUACGACGUGACGUAUGAUUGUACACAUCAGUAUAUUAUGACACUGUUGUGGGAGAUGCUAGUUUGAUUCUGCCUGGUUUGUAAAAAAGCUUAGAACGAUGAGUGCAAUGAACAUAAGCGUAAACAGCGGUAAUGCCGACGAUUUCGAGCCACUAGAACCUUCACUGAGAAAUGUUGUUGAUAUGCACACGUUGAGGUGGAUAUUUGUCGGCGGAAAAGGCGGUGUUGGCAAAACGACCUGCAGCUGCUCCUUGGCUGUACAAUUAUCAAAGGUCAGAGACAAUGUUUUGAUUAUUUCUACGGAUCCAGCACACAACAUAUCCGAUGCAUUCGAUCAGAAAUUUAGCAAAGUGCCAACUAAAGUCAAGGGUUUCGAGAACCUGUUUGCCAUGGAGAUUGAUCCAAAUGCUGGGAUCACAGAGUUGCCAGAUGAUUAUUUUGAAAAUGAAACAGGAGUUGGCGAGACUAUGCGUUUAAGUAAAAGUGUUAUGCAAGAAAUUGUAGGAGCGUUUCCAGGUAUCGAUGAGGCUAUGAGUUAUGCCGAAGUCAUGAAGUUAGUCAAAAGUAUGAACUUUUCAGUGGUUGUGUUUGAUACUGCUCCAACAGGUCAUACUUUAAGGCUCCUGUCCUUCCCACAAGUAGUUGAAAAGGGUCUGGGAAAAUUAAUGAAAUUAAAGAUGAAAAUUAGUCCAUUCAUUUCACAGUUCAGUUCAUUACUGGGAAUUCCAGACUUCAAUGUAGACUCAUUUUCAAACAAAGUAGAAGAAAUGCUUGCUGUCAUACAUCAAGUAAAUGAACAGUUUAGAAAUCCAGAUCAAACCACUUUUGUCUGUGUCUGCAUAGCAGAGUUCUUAUCACUGUACGAAACUGAACGAUUAGUACAAGAAUUAACAAAGUGUGGCAUUGAUACUCACAAUAUUAUUGUCAAUCAAUUAUUAUUCUUAAAAGAGGGAGAUGCUCCUUGUAGGCUAUGUCAGGCUAGACAUAAAGUUCAAGCAAAAUAUUUAGAUCAGAUAAUGGAUCUGUAUGAAGAUUUUCAUGUAACGAAAUUACCCUUAUUGGACAGAGAGGUGCGAGGCGUUACGCAAGUCAAAGAAUUUUCUGAAAAUCUCGUUAAGCCAUACAAACCAUAAAUUUGUUGAAUUGUACAUAAUUACAAUUUAUAAGAUAAUAAUUCAAACUUUUUAUAAAGUAAAGGAAGUGGACGACUAUUUAAUUGCAAUAUUUUACAAUAUAAUGAUUUUUUAAAACUA